AUGUCUCAAAGCCUCAAGGAUGCACCGGGAAGCUCUUCCAAGCCGAAGAUUCAGAUUCCAGAGCGCACUGUAACAGCCUGGCGCGACUUUCAGUCCAUGGCAUCUGAGCAAGCCAUCGAUGACAAGACUACCGAGGGCGGAAAUACGCCACCAGCUCAGGAAGAGCGCCAACUGCACGAAAAGACUGAACAGAUGUUCAAGAAGUGGUCGGGUUUCGCAGAUGGACAAAAUAGCAGACCUCAGCCACAGCGCACGGUCAGCGGGACGCGCAUUAUGCCCCAAACGAUACACGAGGGUUCCACACAGAAGUCGAUAUCCCUGCUUGGCGACCCUAACGUUGACAGUGUUAUUUCGAAGGUCCAAGUUUUCAAGGGUGGCAUUACCGAUGUUCUUCCUGUGACCGACUUCCAGGCGCUUGCCAUUACAGGAACACUGCUCGAAUCGAAGUGGAUGCUGAACUACUUCUUCCUGGACGGAGAAGGGCCGCUUGACCUUCGAAAGCUUAAACAGGCGUGCUUCCGUAUCGUACAGGCCUUCGAUAUUUUAAGAACCGUCUUCGUGCCCUACGGAGAUCGCUUCCUUCAAGUUGUACUCAGGAAGCUUCAGCCUGAUUUCAUCUACCAAGAAACCGAUCAAAGCCUGGAUGACUUUACAACGGAGCUCCGUCAGAAAGACCGGGAACAUGGGCCUCGACUUGGUGAAGCAUUCGUUCAAUUCGUGGUGGCCAAACAAAAGAGUGGCGGCCGCUACCGUAUCUUCUUGCGACUUUCACACGCGCAGUACGAUGGUUUCUGCUUCGGGAAGAUGCUCUCUUCACUCCAAGCGGGCUACAACGGCUUGCCUGUUUCAACCACUCCCAGCUUCGGCAAUUAUGUCCGAGAAACCGCGAAGACGGUCGCAGGUGCCCACGAUCACUGGCGUGAGAUUCUACGAGGCUCAAAGAUGACUGAGAUUGUGCAUCGCUACGGCCCGAAUUACCAACGAUCAGCCGGACGCACUAUCACACUCAAGCAGACACUGACGGUUCCACUGUUGUCUAAAAUAAACAUUACCACGGCGACUGUCAUGAAGGCAGCGUGGGCAGCAACUCUCGCUCGCGUCGCUGGCAAGUCCGACAUCGUCUUUGGUCACGUUGUUUCUGGUCGCAGCGGUGGCGUGCCAAACGUCGAGAACAUUAUUGGACCUUGUCUCAACAUGGUGCCUGUCCGCGUGGUGUACCGCCCCGAGUGGACCGUAUUCGAUCUCCUCGGCUAUAUCCAAGAGCAACAGAUCAACAACAUGCCCUAUGAGUCUCUGGGCUUCCGGGAAAUCACGCGGAACUGCACAGACUGGCCCGACUGGACGAAUUUCUCCAGCGUGCUCCAGCACAACCAGAACAUCCAAUCAGAGGAUGCCACUCUUCAACUCGGCGGCAUCGAAUUCAAGAUUGGCGCUGCGGGCAAUCAAGAAGAUUUCGCUGACAUAUCAAUUCUCUCGACCUCGAAGGCUGGAAAUGAGGUUGAGGUGACUCUGACAUAUGCACCCAACAGCACGCUGACUGCCGGCUUCACGCAAAACAUCUUUGACAUGCUUUGCGCAAAUGUCAUUACCUUCUCCGAAGAUCCUUACACACUGCUGCCAGCUCAGUCGGAGAUUGGCUCUCAGAGCUCCACAACCAUCACGUCGGAACCGGCACGCAAGAAGUCUGACGAGAAGCAACCUCUGACACUUCCCACCGAUACCGGGCUUUCCAAGCAAGAGCUAGCUACAAUCUCGAGCAAGCUGCGCAGCGCGUGGGAGCAGAACCUCAGGAACGAGAACAAUGCGCCUCCCGCUAUGGACUUAGCAUCCGACUUCUUCAUGUUGGGUGGCGAUAUCCAGGGAAUCGCUCAGAUCGCUUCGAUCUUCGAUCAUGAAGAAGGCUGGAAGGUUCGUGUUGAGGACCUUCUCGAUAAGCCUGUCUUUGUGGACCAAGUGGGACUGCUGGCUGCGGAGCGAAAGAAGCAGAUUGAGAAAGAAGAGAUGAGCCCUUGGGGAGAGAAGGGCAAGGUUGCUGCCAAGGGGGUACUUGGCGACAAUGAGAGACUGGAGAGAAAACAAAGUGGCCUGGGCGCUUUGGCGAGGAAGAUCGGACUCAAGCGGAGGGACACUCCGAAGGAGUCGAAGUGA